AUGGCGGCGGGCACCAGCUGCCUCGCUUCAUCGCCUAGGCUAACAACGCUGGCCGCGAGCUCGAGGCGGCCGGGUUGGCAUCCGCGACGUCCGGCAGUGCACCGGUGCGCCGCUGCGGUGGACGGGAGGAAGACGACGGUGCAGAGCAAGGCGGGGGACGCGCUGGAGGUGUGCCGGGUGGUGAACGGCAUGUGGCAGGUGAGCGGCGCGUCGUGGGGCCUCGCACAGCCGGCGGCGGCCGUGGACGCCAUGCUCCGGUACGCGGACGGCGGCCUCACCACGUUCGACAUGGCUGACAUAUGUAAGGAGUUCAGAUUAUUGUAA